AUGAGCAAGGCAAGCAACAAAUUCUCCAAGUUCCAGAAGAGAAACGAGCCUUCAAUCGAAUACAUCACACUGGAUGAUGACGAUGAUGAAUCAGAACAGGCUAAACAACUAGAGCCCAAGAAGGCCAGCACUCCUCAAGAACAGGCUCUGCAAGCUCUGAAGAAUCUCCAAAUGAGUCAAGCUGAUUCAGCAGCUAAUCGUUCGGUGGCAAAGAAGAGCACCUUCCAUCGUGCGACUCCGGCUUCGCAACCGUCCGCCGUGUUCAUGAACAGCUCCACCAUCUACUGCGAAGAUGAUCGUCCAAAGGGCAAGAUCGUUUACUACACUGCCAAGAAGCAUUUGCCGCCGCUGAAAUACAAACCCCACGAUUGUAAUCCGAACUGUUUGUUCAAAAUCACGCACAAUCUCAAAUCGUACAGCCCGAUGGCGAAACCGUUGCUCUCCGGUUGGGAAAGGCAACUGUGUAAGAUGCGGUACAAGAAGGUCUUUGUCGUGUAUCGGGCUCCUUGUGGACGCAGAGUAAGGAACAUGUACGAGCUGCACAUGUACCUUCGGAUGACGAAAGCUACCCUGAACGUGGAGAACUUUGACUUCGAUCCGAUGAUUCACUGCUUGGCGGAGUAUGUGAUCGAGAACCACAUCUAUCAUAAUCCGGAUCUUUCGGAUGGAAAGGAGUUCAUGGCUGUCCCUUGCGUUAACUACUUCGACGACACAAAACCACCGCCGUGCAUCUAUUCAACCGAGCGUAUCCCCACGGAGGGUGUUAACUUGAACUUGGAUUCCGAUUUCCUGUGUGGAUGUGACUGCGAGGACGAUUGCAUGGAUAAGAGUCGAUGCCAGUGCUGGCAGUUGACGAUUGCUGGAGCCAAGUUCGGCAAUCCCAACACAUCGAUCGACAACAUCGGAUACGUUUACAAGCGACUGCAGGAACCCGUGGUGACCGGCAUCUACGAAUGUAAUUCCCGGUGUAAGUGCAAGAUGAACUGCUUGAACCGGGUUGUGCAGCAUCCGUUGAUGACGAAGCUUCAGGUGUUCAAAACUAGCAAUCGUGGUUGGGGUAUUCGCUGUCUGAACGACGUUGCUAAGGGUAGUUUCAUCUGUAUCUACUCGGGGCAUCUGCUCACAGAGGAAGCGGGUAACACGAUUUGCGAGAUGAACGAAAAUAAGGCCGGCGAUGAGUACUUCGCUGAUCUGGAUUAUAUCGAAACGGUGGAACAGCUGAAGGAGGGAUACGAAACGGAUGUAGUCGAGUCGGAUAGUGAAGCGGACAGCGACGAGCCGGAUUACGAUGCCAAGCAGGACAGUGGCGCGUCGGACGAUGAUUUUACAGCUAGCACCAACCCGACGGAUGCGGCUGUCAAAACAAGGUCACAGGUCAGGAGAGACAGCAGGUCGUCCGCGCAGAAAUCGGAAUCGAAAUCUGAGAAGAAAUCGUCAAAGAAAAAAGAGGAUAAUAAAAAUGGAUCAGAUGAUGAACGAGAGAUGGUGAACUUGAUUCCGAACUCGGACAUGACUAAGGGGGAUGCUCCUAGCCCUGCCAUAAAGUACCGAUCGGUUAGAAAAUAUUUCGGGAAACAUGAACAAAUUUACAUCAUGGAUGCCAAGAAAUCCGGAAACCUUGGCCGAUACUUCAACCAUUCCUGUAAUCCGAACCUUUUCGUACAAAAUGUGUUUGUCGACACCCAUGAUCUCCGCUUCCCCUGGGUAGCAUUCUUCGCGCUGUGUAAUGUGCGAGCCGGGUCGGAAUUAACUUGGAACUACAACUACGACGUGGGUUCGGUGCCUGGAAAAGUUCUCUACUGCCAGUGUGGAGCGGAGAACUGUCGCCAGCGUUUGCUGUAGCGAGGGAAUCAAUCAAGGUCAGUAGUUGUACUAGUAGUUUGUAGUGUCUGUGUUCUUUCAUGUUACGAUAGUGUAAUCCGAUAGUCGUUUGAUCGUGAACCGUCUAACAAUAUGAUUGUAUAAAAUAAAGAAGAUCACUCUAUAAUGAGCUAACUGUGAAACGUCAA